CGCGGGCCGCCUCAUGGCGGCCGCGGGCCCGUGCCUGCUCGCGGGCGCCGCCCGGCGCCGCGCGCGCCGGCAUGGCCGGCGCUGCGCCGCGGCCGAGGACCGGGAACGUGGGAGCGCCAGUGGCGGGGCCGGGGGCAGCGCCAGAGGUGCCCUCCUCGGGCGCGAGGCGCGGAGCGGUCGUCGCCGGCCUCGCCGCGGCCCUCGCGGGCACCGGUGGUGCAGAGCCCGCGCGCGCGGAGGAGCUCGUUGAGGUCUACUUUGGUUGCGGCUGCUUCUGGCAUGUGCAGCACGAGUUUGCGAUGGCGGAGAAGGUCAUCCUCGGAAGGGGCGACUCCGAACUCACCUCCUUCGUGGGCUACGCUGGGGGCAAGGCCGGCGCCAAGGACGGAAAGGUUUGCUACCACAAUGCGGCUAUGCAGUCUGACUACGGCAGCCUAGGGCAUGCGGAGGUGGUGCGGCUAAUGGUACCACCGUCGAAGUUCCGUCUGAUCGCCGAGGAGUAUUGCAAGCUCUUCUCCAAUGCUGGCGAGCGCCCAGACCAGUACGGAGACCGAGGGAGUGAGUACCGCAACGUGGUGGGGCUCCCAGGUGGCGUUCAGUCCCCACUCGCGCAGGAGCUCGUGGAGGCUUCGAAGAGGCAGGGGGAUAAGCUGAACUUCGCAAAGGGGAAGGGCGACGAUAGCGACACGAAGGGGAUGGUAUUCAUAAUGGACACGGGCAAGUUCCCUUUCUUUUUGGGCGAACCAUAUCACCAAUUCCAUGAUGGAUUCGCACAGGGAGAGGAUUACCCCGACACUUAUAACCAGCUGGGUGCCCAGUAUGUCCAGGCUGGCCGCAUCAGCAAGUCAGGCUGCCCAAACGGACUCAUUGGUCUUGGCUUCGGCGGGCUGUGAGUACCCUGCGCUGCUAGCUUUGUUCAUCUGGGCGGAUGUUAUGGAGUCGGCAUGCUUGGCAUGAGGGUCUCGGGUGCAGGGUGGCGGGUCCGUGUAGGCUGCACUGUGCAAACGUGAUGCUCUUCGUUCCGAUUUUCGGGCUGAUGCAGAGUCCUCUCAUUGAAUCGCAAUCCUUCUACAUCUUCUCGAGAGCACCCUGCACCAUACUCAUACAUCUCAUGCUGGUGGUAAUGGUCGCUGUCGCGAGCCCGUGUCUUGUUACCGUUUGGCCGCUUCGCUUCCAAGCACGUGCAAAUGACAGACAACGCCAGCGGCACAUCAUCGGCCGCUACUGAGAAACUGCGCCCAGAAGCGGAAAGCGGCGAUGAAAUGUUACAGCUGCAAGAUGUGUUGUAAGUGCAUGUAGUUGUUGCCCUUUAACGGAGUCUUGGUGGCCUCUCCGAGCCUGUUUGGGGUCUGUGGGUUGCCCAAUCCCGCCAUCGUGUCAGCCCAGCGCUCUGGGUGGCGACUUCUCGAUGGGACACGGGAGGCCGUCACGUGUGACAACACGUAUUAUUUCCAGGCUUAGUGGAACCGUGAUCAGGAUGAGGG